AUGGACAGCAGGGCCACCAGUGUGACCAGUGUGGCCACCAGUGUGACCAGCAUGGACAACAGGGCCACCAGUAUGACCAGUACGGACAGCAGGGCCACCGGGGCCACUGGUGUGGCCACCAGUGUGACCAGCAUGGACAACAGGGCCACCAGUGCCACCAGUGUGACCAGUGCAGAGAACAAGGCCGGCGGGGUCACCGUGGGAGCCACCAGUGUCACCAGUGUCCUCCCAGGAGCCGCCACCGUCCUCCCAGUAGCCACCAGUGUCCUCCCAGUAGCCACCGGUGUCACCACAGGAGCCACAAACGUCACCCCCAAGGCCACCAGUGUCCUCCCAGGAGCCACCAGUGUCCUCCCAGGAGCCACCAGUGUCCCCAGUGUCCUCCCAGGAGCCACCAGUGUCACCCCCAAGGCCACCAGUGUCCUCCCAGGAGCCGCCACCGUCCUCCCAGUAGCCACCAGCGUCGCCGUGGGAGCCACCAGUGUCACCCCAGGAGCCACCAGUGUCCUGUCAGGGGCCACCAGUGCCACCACAGCGGCCACCAGUGUCACCACAGGGGCCACCGGUGUCACCCCCAAGGCCACCAGUUUGCUCCCAGGAGCCACCAGUGUCCUCUCAGGAGCCACCAGUGUCACCACAGGAGCCACCAAGGCCACCAGUGUCACCGUGGGAGCCACCAGCGUCACCAGCGUCCUCCCAGUCGCCACCAGUGCCCUCCCAGUAGCCCCCAGGGCCACCCCCGGUGUCAUCGUGGGGUCCCCCCGGGGUGUCCCCGCGGGCGUGAGCCCCCUGGGCGCGGCCAUCCUGCGCGCCAGCGCCGACGCCACCGCCAAGGCCACCGCCAUGGCCACCAUGGCCGCCCCACGGGCCACCAGUAACACCAGUAACACCAGUAACGGCAGCAACGUCAGCGUCAUCGCCACCAAGGCCGCCGGUGCUCCCAGUAUGGCUCCCAGUAUGGCUCCCAGUAUGACCAGUGCCCUUGCCAGGGGUGUCACCGGUAUCACCAGUGCUCCCAGUGUGCCCCGGGUCGCCGGCGUGACCAGUGUGACCAGUAUGACCAGUGUGGCCAGUGGGACCAUUGUGGCCGGUUCUGGGGGUGUCACCGGUGUCUCCAGUGCUCCCAGUGCCACCAGUGCCACCAGUAUGACCAGUGUGAGCGGCCCUGCGGUUCCCAGUGUCACCAGUGCGACCAGUGUCACCAGUGCUGCUGUUCCCAGUGCGACCAGUAUGACCAGUGUGAGCAGCCCUGCGGUUCCCAGUGUCACCAGCGCCACCAGUAUGACCAGUGUGAGCAGCCCUGCGAUUCCCAGUGCGACCAGUAUGACCAGUCCUGCUGUUUCCAGUGUCACCAGUGCGCCCAGCAUGACCAGUGCUGCGGUUCCCAGUAUGACCAGUGUGAGCAGCCCUGCUGUUCCCAGUAUCACCAGUGCUCCCAGCAUGACCAGCGUCACCAGUGCUGCCGCUCCCAGUGUCACCAGUGCGACCAGUGUCACCAGUGCUGCUGCUCCCAGCGCAACCAGUCUCACCAGUUCUGCAGCUCCCAGUGUCACCAGUGCGACCAGUAUCACCAGUGCUGCUGUUCCCAGUGUCACCAGUGUCACCAGUGCUGCUGUUCCCAGCGUCACCAGUGCGACCAGUGCCGCCAGUUCUGCGUCUCCCGGCGUCACCAGUACGACCAGUGCCACCAGUGCUGCUUCUCCCAGUGUCCCCAGUGCUGCUGUUCCCAGUGCUCCCAGUGUCGCCGAGGGCGCGGUUGCCGUGGACACCGGCGCUCCCAGUGCUCCCAGUGCUCCCAGUGAGGCCCCCAAGAGCUCUUCGUCCUCGUCCUCGUCAUCCUCGUCCUCCUCCUCUUCCUCGUCCUCCUCGUCCGACUCCGACUCCGACUCCAGUUCCAGCUCCUCCGAGUCGGCCCCGCCCUCGCCGGCCCCGCCCACCGGGUAAG